UGCCUGAUACUUUCUAUGCAGAAAAUGAAAAUACGCAACACAUGAAUAAUAAUGUCCGAAAGAAGCAUAAAAAAAAGGUUAAACGAAAAAAUGUCAAUUUCAACAAUAAUUCAUUGCAUAACUUGAACGGAGAUGAAAACGAAAUAGCGAACCAAGAUUAUACAUAUGCACACGAUGAGAAUGUUGAUGGUACAAUUAACUAUGGUGAGACCGAAAAACAGCGAGUUGCACCACCUCCUGUCGUGGAAGAAAAUAAACAAGUGACCAAUGAAGCCGAAAAGCUUGGAACAGAUGAAGCUCCACUUAUUGAAUAUGCCAACGAGCCAUUAUUACCUCUUGUUGAUGCAUGCGCUCCUCUAAAUGAUGUUCUUCACGAUUUAUCGUAUUAUGUUAAUAUGGCACUUGAAGAAACUCCCGAAGAACCACCCGAUGGACUAACAAUGGAUGAGAGUGCAGCCAUUCGUCUUUAUACAAUCGAAUGGGAAGCACCACACCGAAGUCUCUAUUCCAUGCUUAAUUAUACAUUGAAAAAUUGCAGUCGUGAAGACCUUCGACCUUAUUUUCGGUAUAUGAAACUAUUCUUGACUGCUUUAGUCAAAUUACCAUGUUGUCCACCAUUGACUGUGUGGAGAGGAGUAACUAAAAAUUUGAGUAUCGAUUUUCCACCUGGUACUCGUGUGACAUGGUGGGCAUUUUCAUCAACUACAACGGAACUGACAGUGCUUGAAAAUAAUAUGUAUUUGGGUACUACAGGUGCACGAACGUUGUUUUCUGUUGAAACUAUCAAUGGACGAACAAUUCGUAAUCAUUCACAUUUUGUUACGGAAGAUGAAAUUUUACUUCUACCCGGUACUCAUAUGAUAGUUCAAUCACAAUUUAGCCCGGCAACUGAUCUUUAUAUCAUUCACUUAAAACAAGUCAUACCGGAUGAAACACUUCUUGAGCUUCCUUUUGAAGGUGCACGCUUAUAUCCAAAACUUGAACGUCCGUGGUAUCGGAAGAAGCGAUUUGUUAUUCCAUUAGCUUUAUUAAUAACUAUGUGUAUCGUAGCCACUGUUGUUGGUGCUAUUCUUGGAACACGAGCAGCAAAUAAAGAGCCGCCAUACGUGUUCACAAAUCCAUAUCCAUCUGGAACAACGUUCGACAUAGGUAGUUUUCCAAUUUCUCUAGUGUCUGGUUAUUUCAAUGGUGAUAAAUAUGUAGAUUUGGCUAUAUUGAACUCUGGAGAUCAAAGUAUUGAUAUACUGCUUGGAAAUGCAAACGGUAUCUAUUCGACACUAAUACAAACUGAUACCGGUACAGAUCCAGUUUUUGUGACUUUGUGCAAUGUGAGUGAUAACACAAGUUAUCUUAUCGUAGUUAAUAGAAAUGAUGGAACUAUCACCCUGUUCAAUAUCAAUAAAGAUGGAACAUUGGAUUACGCGACAGAUUUUCGAGUUGGCGUGGGACCAGUUUCUGUUGUAUGCGGACAUUUCGAUAAUAAUUCAAUUAUCGAUAUGGCAGUGUUAAAUAGCUUUGAAAACACUGUGUAUUUAAUUUUUGAUGUUCAUGAUGAAACAUAUGAAUAUUACGAAUGGCUUGACGUUGGCGAAUAUCCAAGUUCUAUGAUAUAUGCUGAUUUCAAUACUGACUUGAUCUUGGAUCUAGUAGUCGUCAAUCAAGAUGAUAACAAUAUUACUGUGCUGAUUGGUGUUGGAGAUGGAUAUUUUAACGAUUCAGUCACCUAUAAUGUCGGGGAAACACCAGCCGUUGUGGUAUCGGGAGACUUUAAUAAUGACAAAAAAAUGGAUUUGGCAAUAUCUAAUAAUGGAAGCCAUUUUAUUAGUAUUUUGUUUGGUGAUGGAAAUGGAGCCUUCCAGACUCAAGUACCUUGUGAAGUCGGUAAUGGUACAGGUGGUUUGGCAGCGGCGGAUUUAAACAAGGAUGGUAUUUUGGAUCUGGUAGCAACUAUUUCAGGUGGACCUUAUGUUAAUGUACUAUUGGGAUAUCGCAACGGAAGUUUUCAACGUGGAGUAUAUUAUGAAGUUGGCGAUAAUCCGACCGCUGUGGUAGCUGCUGAUUUCAACAAUGAUGGCAGACUAGAUCUUGCCAUAACGAACAUGGAUGCCAACACAAUCAGCAUACUAAUAAAUUAUGGAGAUGGAACAUAUCAGCCGGAAGUCAAGUAUGUUACUGAAAAAGGACCAAUUUUUCUUAUGGCGAAUGUUUUUAAUAACGGUGCAACUCCUGAUUUGAUAGUAGUCAACAAUCUAGCAAACAGUGUCAGUCUAGUAAUAGGAAAUGGAGAUGGUACGUUCCGAGCUCGAAUACCGUUUAUGCUCCCAGAAACUUCAAACAACAUGGCAGCUGGUGAUUUCAAUAAUGACAAUAGAACAGAUUUAGUAGUAGUCAAUCCAGGUAAUCAAAGUGUUACCAUACUAUUGACCACUAAGUACAAUACCUUAGAAAACGCAGGUAACUAUCCAUGUGGAGUCUCGCCAUUUUUCUUAAUUGUAGUUGAUUUCAACGGUGAUAAUAAAUUAGAUUUAGCAGUUUUCAAUCAAAAAGACAACACUGUUAGUAUCUUACUUGGUAAUGGCAACGGCAGCUUUCAAACUCUUAACUCGUUUGCCACCGGUACACGACCAAUUGCUGCAGUGUCAGGUGAUUUUAACAAAGAUAAAAAAGUGGAUCUAGCAGUAAUUAACCUAAGUAGUCAAAAUAUCAGUGUCUUAUUAGGAUAUGGAAAUGGCUCCUUUCAAUCUCAAGGAUCGUAUAGGACUGGAAAGAGUCCAAGUUUUGUAAUAGCACUAGAUCUGAACAGUGACCAAAUUAGUGAUCUAGUAGUAGCUAAUCAAGGUGAAGACACAAUAAGUGUUUAUCUGGGGUAUGGAAACGGAAGUUUUCAAGGUCAAAACAAAUUUAAUGCAGGUAGAAGUCCAGGUCUUUUAUUGUCCGGUGACUUCAAUAAUGAUAAAAUUCUGGACAUAGGAGUAAUCAGUAAUCAAUGGAGUACACUGUAUAUGUUGAUUAGUGAUGGAAACGCAUCUUUUCCUUACAAGCAAACUAAUACUAUUGUUACUUCUCCAACUGAUGCAGUAGCUACUGAUUUUAAUAAUGAUGAAAAAAUAGAUGUAGCAAUGAUUAGCAAAAAGAAUAUCUUACGUAUAUAUAUAUUCCAAGACAAAUAG